AUGCGUGGGAUGACAUUCCAGGAAGAAAAUGGUGCUAGAAGCUUUCAAAUGAUGCCAGGGACGGAUAAACGGACACAUUUGACGAGUUGCAGAAUAUCCAAGACACAAGAAGAUAUUAUCCCAGUCUCUCAGAUCUCAGCAGCACAAUUUGCAGCAAGUACAGGUGGUUUAGCAAUGGAUACAGCACUUUUAGCACGUGUAAGUGGCACAGACCCAUCGCUCGUGGGCUCAGAAGAGAUUAAACAGAUUAUGCGGACCCCGGAUUUAUUGUCAAUCUAUCAAAAAUUACAAGAAGAAGAUGAUCGAAGACAAAGAAGAUUGGAACGAAAUCGAGCCUCAGCUAGAGUACGACGUGAAAAGAAAAAGGGAAUGGUCGAGACGUAUGAAGGAGAAGUAUCAAAGCUUGAAAGCUCAUUGAAUAUGCUCAAGAAUCAUGAAUUUGGUACUGGUCAUGGAGAAGAAUUAGCAGCGGCUUUGGAAAACAGCUCGGGGGAACAUCUUCGUCAUGCACUCAUGUCGAAGGAUGCUAAGAUGGAAUUAAUGGCACGUAUUCUCGGUCAGCACUCGCGAAAUACGGAUGCAAUUCGUCGUGCUAAUGCUGAAAACCAAGCAUUGAUUGCAGUGGCAUCGGACAACGCUACGUUGUUCCUGUCUCUGAGAACGCAACUUGGUCUUACGGAUGAUCAAUGUCAGCGGAUUGCAAGCUUCGCCGUUUCCGCGAGCGAAGAAGCGCGCAAGCUUGACGCAAUUCGAAAGUGUUUUUCUGCACUGCGCGCACACGACUGGCUUUAUGUCCCGGGCAUUGAGACGAUCCUGCAUCAAUCACGGAACGCGAUGAGUACGCACCAAUUCCAAAAGUUUUUAUCUUGGUCCAUGGAGAACCGGCCAUCGAUUGAUCAAUUACAGUUCGUACCUACGUCUUCUGUCCCAGAGUCCGAGAAGGACCUGACCUUUAUCUUCUCAGAAGACUAG